AUGAACAGUCAGUACGUCCGCCAUGAAGUAUUUGCCUCUGAGACUGGGGAGCUGAAAGACUUCUGGGAAAAGACCAUUGAGAAGCAGACUCAGCAUUUUGAAGCUGAGAAAGAUCGUAAACAAAGAAGUGCACUGGCACGGUAAGUAUGUGAUUUGUACUUCAGAUGUUUUACUUCGGAUUAAAUAUAUAUAUAGUGAGCCCUGCAAUUUGCUAUUUAGCCAUCUCCAAUGACCACGGGAGCCUCACAAAGCUGACAUUUUUAAGAGCAGCUCAGCUGUGCACAGCCAGAGUUGCCAAGCGCUUCCCUACCUGAAACUAAGAAAUAUUUUGGCUGUGUCUGCUUUAAGGAAAAACCGUCAGCCUCUAACUUCCACCCUACAUCAGGAAGGAAAGGACAGGAAUCUCUUCUCACUUACACCUUUUAAAGACACUUCCAGGACUUCAAAAAUCUGUUAAGUACUCUGGUGUAUGUAACAAACAGACAGGAUCCCCUCAGCUUAUUCUUCAGCCAGAAGCAUUCAAGCACUCAAAAGAGCACAGAAAUAGGAGUAGCUUCACAUGCCAUGACCAGCUCGCUCGUUCCACCCCAAACAUUUCUGCAAUCAGCGUAAGGGUCUGCCUUCAGAUGCCUUUUAAAGGUUGCAUAAAAAUAGCACAGUUUACAUAAAAUCACAAUCAAUUAAUUAAAAUACAUUCUAAAAUCAGUUCAGAAUAAAAUUAAUUGCAACCAUUGGGCUAGAGUUCUAUGAGGAUUACAGAAGGAAGGGGGUCAGACUGUGCCUUGGCUAAAGGCCUGGUGGAACAGCUCUGUCUUGCAGGCCCUGCGGAAAGAUGUCAAGUCCCGCAGGGCCCUAGUCUCUUGUGACAGAGCGUUCCACCAGAUCGGGGCCACAACCGAAAAAGCCCUGGCUCUGGUCAAGGCCAGCCUAACCUCCCUGUGGCCUAGGAUCUCCAAAAUGUUUUUAUUUGCAGAUUGUUAGGUCCUCUGUGGGACAUACCAGGAGAGGCGGUCCCGUAGGUACGAGGGUCCUAGGCUGCAUAGGGCUUUAAAGGUUAAAACCAGCAUCUUAAACCUGAUCCUGUACUCCACUGGGAGCCAGUGCAGCUGGUAUAGCACCGUGUGAAUGUGAUCCCGCGGCGAGGAACCCGUAAGGAGUCUCACCGCGGCAUUCUGCACCCACUGGAGUUUCUCAAGGGCAGCCCCAUGUAGAGUGAGUUAAUCAAUCCUGGAGGUGACCGUUGCGUGGAUCACAGUAGCUAGGUCAGGGCGAGAGAGGUAAGGAGCCAACUACUUAUCUCCUUGGCUCGGAGGUCGCAUAACUCCAUACCCUCCAACUUUUCUCUGAUGAACAGGGGCGCCUUGCCCAUAUAGGCAAGUGGCGUGGGGCGCCAGGGCGCCAGGUUCUGGAGGGCACCAGGGAAGAGGCAGAGGCUGGGAGUGGCACCUCCCGGCAUCAGCUCACCAUCCUCGCCCGCUUCGCUGAAGCAGUGCCACACCCAGAGCCUCUGCCUCUUCCCCACCGGAGGAGCCUCCCUCCAGCCGCUGCCCACCUCCUCCAGCCCCGCAAAGCUGCCGGCAGCGCCGUAAAAAGGUCGGCAACUCUGGGAAACGGGGGGGGGGGUGGAGGGAUCUUUGCAUCGUUCUGCCCGGACACUGAGGUCCAGUGCCGAGGGCCUUCUGGCGGUUCCCUCACUGCAAGAAGCCAAGUUACAGGGAACCAGGCAGAGGGCCUUCUUGGUAGUGGCACCCGCCCUGUGGAACGCCCUCCCACCAGAUGUCAAAGAGAAAAACAACUACCAGACUUUUAGAAGACAUCUGAAGGCAGCCCUGUUUAGGGAAGCUUUUAAUGUUUAAGAGGUUAUUGUAUUUUAGUGUUUUGUUGGAAGCCGCCCAGAGUGGCUGGGGAAACCCAGCCAGAUGGGCGGGGUAUAAAUAAAUUAUUAUUAUUAUUAUUAUUAUUAUUUGCACCACGGCCCUGCCGAUGAAAAUAGGGACAUUCUAAGGAAAGCAAGACAUUCUGGGAUCAAAUCAGAAACCAGGACGGCUUCUGUAAAUCCAGGACUGUCCCUGGAAAAUAGAGACACUUGGGUCUGAUUUUCAUCAUGGCCACAAUCAGUCUGGGGAAGCAAGAGUUGCCCAGGGCAGAUGCUAGCAUUGUUUUAUAACAAAUUUAGAAGGGAACACAUGUGCAAACUCUGCAGGAAUAUUUCCUUUUUUAAGAUGCAGUAAAAAUAGAGAAGAAAUCCCUUGUGAAUGUAGCUAAGGAGCAUCCCCAAGGAUGUACCAUGAGGUAUUUAUUUUCUAACGAGUUUCUCUCUGCUAAGCAGUGCAUAUACUAACCUUCCAAAUCUUUCUUCCUAUUAGACUCAGGAGCGAAUGGACAGAAAGGCUGGAGAAAAGGUUAAAAAUGCUCAAAGAACAAGAGAACGAAGAAGCCCCUAACUGAAGAGAACAUUGUGUAUUUUUAUAUAUUUGAAUGGAACACUGACCAGAAUUGAAAGGAGAAGCGUUUGUGUUCUGACUGAGGUGGAGCUAUAGUGUC